AUGGAAGGGAAUACCCCAUGGAUUAUUUUGGCGUUUUUAUUGUUCAUACAUCUGAGUAAAGGUUUUCGCUGCAUGGAUAAAAACAGGCCGUGUGAGAACGGUGGGACCUGUAUAGAUUCAUCUUCGAAAUGCAUGUGCCGCCCUGGAUAUAUAGGUCCUCUUUGCCAAUUCUCGGAUCCCUGUCACCGGACACAGUGCCUAAAUGGGGGAGCGUGUAAAAGCCAAGUGGUCAACAGUAUUGCACAAUACAGCUGUGUGUGCCAGAGAGGGUUCAGAGGCCAAGACUGCUCUCUCAUAGAUGCCUGCGCCACAAGUCCGUGCGCCAAUGGGGCUCGCUGUGUCAAUUGGAAUAAUCACUACAACUGCUCCUGUCCGCCGGGUUUUCAAGGAAAAAACUGCCGCAAUGACAUCGAUGAGUGCAAGAAGCCUAGUGCCUGCCUCAAUGGUGGCCUCUGCCUGAACACCCAUGGGUCGUUUCGCUGUCAGUGCCCUCCUGGGUACAGUGGGCGCACAUGUGAAAUCUCCAUCAUUCCCUGCUCCCCGUCCCAGUGUCUCAAUGGUGGAACUUGUCGACAAACCAGUGACCACUCGUACGAGUGCGCAUGCUUGCCAGGUUUUGAAGGACACAAUUGUGAAAACAAUGUCGAUGACUGCCCUGGUCACAAAUGCAUGAAUGGAGGAAAAUGUGUGGAUGGUGUUAACACCUAUAACUGUCAGUGCCCACCGGAGUGGACAGGACAAUUUUGUGCGGAGGAUGUCAAUGAAUGUCUCAUGCAGCCGAAUGCCUGUCAUAAUGGCGGAGACGAUUGCAGUGAGAAUAUCGAUGACUGCGCCACUGCCGUGUGCUUCAAUGGAGCCACCUGUCACGAUCGUGUGGCCUCGUUCUUCUGCGAGUGCCCUGUGGGAAAGACAGGUUUGCUGUGUCAUCUGGACGAUGCUUGUGUCAGUAACCCAUGUAACGAAGGAGCUGUAUGUGACACUAACCCUUUGAAUGGACGAGCUAUCUGCACCUGUCCUGCUGGCUUUGUGGGAGGAGCCUGUAAUCAGGACAUGGAUGAGUGUUCUAUCGGAGCAAACCCCUGUGAACAUUUUGGGAAAUGUGUGAAUACAGAGGGCUCUUUCCAGUGUCAAUGCGGCCGCGGAUAUGCUGGACCUCGCUGUGAGAUAGAUAUUAAUGAAUGUCUUUCUAUGCCUUGCCAAAACGAUGCGACUUGCUUGGAUCGCAUUGGAGAGUUUACCUGUAUCUGCAUGCCAGGAUACAUGGGAACAUACUGUGAAGUCGACAUCGAUGACUGUGAGAGCAACCCAUGUGUGAAUGAUGGCAUCUGCAGAGACAUGGUCAAUGGUUUCACAUGCACCUGUCAGCCAGGCUUCACCGGCACCAUGUGUCAGAUUGACAUCGAUGAGUGUGCUAGUACACCGUGCCAGAAUGGAGCCAAGUGUUAUGAUCGGCCUAAUGGCUUUGAGUGUCGCUGUGCUGAAGGUUAUGAAGGCACUCUAUGUGAAAGUAAUAUUAACAACUGCCAGCCUGACCCCUGCCAUCAUGGAACAUGCGUUGAUGGAAUCGCCAGCUAUACUUGCGACUGUGACGCAGGCUAUACUGGGUAUCGCUGUGAAAACCAGCUAAAUGAGUGUCACAGCAACCCCUGUCAACAUGGAGGCAAGUGUGUGGACCUGGUCAACAAGUACAUCUGUCAAUGUCAACAUGGGACCUCAGGCACAAAUUGUGAAAUAAACUUUGACGACUGUGCCAGUAAUCCGUGUGAUUAUGGAAUCUGCAAAGAUGGCAUCAAUCGUUACGACUGUGUGUGCAAACCUGGUUUCACAGGACCCAAAUGCAAUGUGGAGAUAGAUGAGUGUGCAUCCAGCCCUUGCAGAAAUGGAGGCACUUGUGUGGAUGAGGAAAAUGGAUUCCACUGUCAGUGUCCAGAGGGCUUCAAGCCUCCGUACUGUUACUCCCAAGUGGACGAGUGUGGAAGCAGCCCUUGUGUCCACGGUACCUGUAGAGAUGACAUCAAUGGUUAUCGAUGUGAUUGUGAACCCGGUUGGGUGGGGAAGAACUGCGAUCUCGACCGUAAUGACUGUUUACCAAGCCCUUGUCAGAACGCUGGCACCUGCAUCGACCAACUCAAUGGUUUUAGCUGCAAAUGUCGACAGGGCUUUAGAGGUAAUCUUUGUCAAGUGAAUAUCAAUGAGUGUGGGUCCAGCCCGUGUCUUAAUAAAGGCACUUGUGUGGAUGGUGUGGCAAGUUUCACCUGCAUCUGCGAGGCUCCGUACAGUGGUCCGACUUGUGCUGAAGUCCUCACACCUUGCUCUCCAAACCCAUGUGCCAAUAAUGCCAUGUGCACCCAUACAGCUGACUAUUUGGGCUAUCAGUGUAAAUGCCAGCAAGGAUGGCAAGGCCAACUGUGUAACAAUGAUAUCAACGAGUGUGUCAGCAAUCCCUGUAGAAACCGCGGGACUUGCACAAACACACUUGGAGGCUUUGUGUGUUCAUGCAGAGGUGGAUUCACUGGUCCAAACUGUGAAACAGACAUCAAUGACUGUUCUCCAAACCCUUGUUUAAAUGGUGGUUCCUGCACGGACGGGGUAAAUUCGUACCAUUGUAGUUGUCUUCCAGGGUUUACAGGCCCUGGUUGUGCUUUGGAGAUCAACGAAUGCCAAAGCUCUCCUUGCAAAAAUGGAGCCACGUGCAAAGACUAUGUAAACUCUUACACUUGCACGUGUAGGCCUGGUUUCACUGGCAUUCACUGUGAAACAAAUAUCCCAGACUGCACAGAAAGCUCAUGCUUCAAUGGAGGGACAUGCACAGACAAAAUCAAUGGUUACGCCUGCACUUGCCGUUCAGGAUUCACUGGCUCUCACUGUCAGUACGAGGUAAACGAGUGCGACUCACAGCCCUGUCUGAACGGAGGCAUCUGCCAGGAUGCACUUGAGUCGUUCCGAUGUACUUGUCCCAAGGGCUACACUGGAAACCGUUGUCAGACACCAGUUGACUUGUGUAGACGAUCCAAUCCUUGUCAAAACAACGGGCGCUGUCGACAAAGAGAUGCCACAUUCACAUGUGACUGUACAGGCGGUUGGUCUGGACGUUAUUGUGACAUCCCCAAGGUCUCCUGCGAGACAGCCGCAUUUCAAAGAGGUAUUCAAGUUGAUGAUAUCUGCCACCACGGUGGUCACUGUGUCAACGUUGGAAUGGCUCACAUCUGUAGAUGUCCUGCGGACUACACUGACAGCUACUGUGAAAGCCAAGUGGACCAUUGUGAGGACAACCCCUGCCACAAUGGCGCCACCUGCAGGGGAUAUGUGGGAGGAUACCAGUGUGAUUGCAUGCCGGGGUACACUGGACAAAGGUGUGAGAUUGAGAUCAACGAGUGCCAGUCACAUCCAUGUCAGAACGGAGGCACCUGCAUUGACCUCGUGGGACAUUACAUUUGCUCCUGCCCUCCUGGAACAUUAGGUGUGCUCUGUGAGAUUAAUGAAGAUGACUGCGCUCCACCCUUGAGACUACGCAAUGCCCCUCCAAAGUGUUUGAACAACGGCACCUGUGUGGACCGAGUGGGAGGCCAUCGUUGUAACUGCCCCCCUGGAUUUACUGGAGACAGGUGUGAGGGCGACAUCAACGAGUGUCUCUCCAAUCCCUGUAGUUCCUCCAAUAGCCUGGACUGCAUCCAACUGCCCAAUGACUACCUCUGUGUCUGCAAGCCAGGAUACACAGGUCGGAGAUGUCAGAACAGAUUUAGUGUUUGUGAGUCUCACCCUUGUCAAAAUGGGGGGGCAUGUUCUUUAUCAGGCAACUCAGCGUUAGGAUACACAUGCACUUGCCAAUUGGGUUACAGUGGUGCUAACUGUGAGAGAAGCAUGUCCUGUCGGGAGCUGUCUUGCUACAAUGGUGGAAGUUGUGCUCUGACAACACGCGGUGCCCGCUGUUCGUGUUUGUCUGGAUAUGGGGGACCCCAGUGUCAACACCGCACAAAUGAAGGCUGCUCAUCUAAACCCUGUCUAAAUGAUGGGCUGUGCACAGAGGAGACCAGUUUCCCUUACUUCCACUGUCAGUGCCGUAGUGGAUUUAAAGGGAAGCGCUGUGAGCAGGCUAACGCUCUGCCCGAGCCCCCAGUACCUUCGUGCCCUCUUGCUGAUUGCCACAGCAAAGCCAAUGACGGUGUCUGUGAUAAGGAGUGUAACUCCCAUGCGUGCCAGUGGGACGGAGGGGACUGUUCUCUAAGAGUUAACCCCUGGGCACGCUGUCCGGACCCUCGCUGUUGGCGUCUUUUCAACAACAGCCAGUGCGAUGAGUUCUGCAACAACGCCGAUUGCCUUUUUGACAACUUUGACUGCAGGAAGGAAAAAGUGUGCAACCCUUUGUAUGAGUCGUACUGUAUUGCCCACUACGCUGAUGGACAGUGUGACCAGGGCUGCAACAUGGAGGAGUGUGGCUGGGACGGCAUGGACUGCGCACAGAAAGUGCCAAUUCAAAUAGCUGAUGAUGUGAUGAUCUUGAUUGUCCUGCUACCACCUGAGCAUCUGAUGCGCACACAAACAGCUUUCCUGCAAAAGUUGAGCGCCAUUCUGCACACUACCUUGCGGUUCCAAGUAGAUGACAACGGUGAAGCCAUGAUUCGGCCUUACACUCGGUGGAAGUCUCGCCUCAAACGAGAAUUACAACCACAGGAGGAAGUCAUAGGUUCAAUUGUGUACCUGGAAAUAGAUAUUCGUCUGUGUCCAAAGGAAAAUGAAGAUUGUAUAAAAACAGCAGACAGUGCUGCAGAAUACUUAGGGGCACUUAGUGCCACAGAUCUGCUCCCAUUCCCUUAUCCUAUUGUUGAAGUCAGCGUCAAAAAGACGUCAAACAUUGAUGUCAUACCACAGUGGGUCAAAUUAAUACUUGUUGGUUCAGCAUCCCUCAUCCUUUUGGUGAUCCUGGUCAUUGGCAUGUUGAUCGCACGUAGAAAGCGAGAGCACAGCACUUUGUGGUUCCCAGAAGGAUUCUUUCUUAAGAAAGAACCAAGCAGCAACAAGAAUCGCAGAGAACCUGUUGGCCAGGAUGCCUUGGGAUUAAAGCACAUCCCCAAAACAGUAGAAGAAUCCCUUCUUGGAGACCACAGUGACCAGUGGAUGGACUCAGAUUGUCCAGAAGCAAAAAGAUUGAAGGUUGAGGAGCCAAGUAUGCUCUCUGACAGUGAAGACGCCGUAGACAGCAGACAGUGGACCCAACACCACCUCGCAGCAGCAGACAUCCGUGUUCCUCCCACUAUGGCUCUGACUCCACCUCAGGGAGAAUUUGAAAGUGACUGUAUGGACGUUAAUGUGCGAGGUCCAGAUGGAUUCACCCCUUUGAUGUUGGCAUCAUUCUGUGGAGGAGGCCUCGAGUCAGAGGUGACAGAGGAAGAGGAAAAUGAGGAGUGUUCGGCCAACAUCAUCUCUGACCUCAUCUAUCAGGGCGCAUCCCUUGCUGCUCAAACAGACCGCACAGGUGAAACUGCACUGCACCUGGCUGCUCGCUAUGCCCGCGCUGAUGCUGCUAAGCGACUUCUAGAUGCUGGAGCAGAUGCCAAUGCACAGGACAACACUGGCCGGUCACCACUGCAUGCAGCUGUGGCUGCAGAUGCACAGGGAGUCUUCCAGAUCUUAAUUAGAAACCGGGCAACUGAUCUGGACUCUCGGAUGUACGAUGGCUCCACUGCUCUCAUCUUAGCUGCCAGGUUAGCAGUAGAGGGUAUGGUAGAGGAACUCAUCACAUGCCAUGCUGAUGUCAACGCGGUUGAUGAAUUAGGUAAAUCUGCUCUGCAUUGGGCAGCAGCAGUAAACAAUAUAGAUGCCACGGUGGCUUUGUUGAAGAAUGGUGCAAACAAAGAUAUGCAAGAUCUCAAGGAGGAGACGCCUUUGUUCCUAGCUGCACGUGAGGGAAGCUGUGAGGCUGUGAGGGUGCUGUUGGCACAUUUUGCAAAUCGUGAAAUCACAGAUCACAUGGACAGACUUCCCCGGGACAUUGCGCAGGAGCGUAUGCAUCAUGACAUAGUGCAGCUUUUAGAUGAGUACAACACAGUGAGAAGUCCUCAAGGCCAUGGAGGGGCUGGCCACCACAUGCCGGGGGCACACACACUGUCCCCUCUCAUGUGCCCUCCAAGUGCCUUUUUACCAAGUUUGAAAACCACACCUCAAGGAAAGAAGAACCGCCGACCAGGAUCCAAGGGUUCAGGCCUUGGAGGCCAACAUAACAGUCUGAAGGACUCAGUCAAAGCACGCAAUAAGAAGUUAACUUUAGACAUGCAGAGCGCUUUAUUGGAGAGCUCUGUCACUCUGUCACCGGUUGACUCUCUGGACUCACCCCAUGGUGGAACAAGCAAUGCUGGCUACAUCACCAACCCCACAUCACCAGUCGCUAUGCCAUCUCCAGGGCUCUACCACACGUCUAUGUCUGUGCCAAACACACCAAUGGUGCACAGCAGCAUGAUGGAUGGGGCAGGCCCCUUUGCAGUGUCUCUGGCACAGCUCAAUGACCUGGGAAAUGGAGGCAUGUCUUUGCAAGGCCGGGUGUCCAUGCCUUCAGAUGUAAACCAUGGUUUUGUGCUGAGUUCAGGUCAGAUGGGGCUCAACAUGGGCAUGGUCAGCCCUGUCAGCGUGCCCUUUGACUGGCACAGUCGGAUGCCUCCUUCUUCCCAGUGUGGACAGCAAGUGGUUAAUCUGGUCCACAGCAGUCAGGCGGCUAUGCACCCACAGAGCCCUGCAAUGCAGCAACAGAACAUGAUGCUCCACCAGCAGCAGAUGUACCGCAGCGCCAUGCUUCAGCCCACACCGGUCAACACCACACCCUCCAUCAGUCCUGUCAAACUGCCCUCCAUUGCAGAGCACCAGCAGCUCAUCAGUCUGACCACAUCCACACCACCCACACCUCAGACCUCUCAGCCUGUCCCUUCCUUCUUCCAACAGCAGUCACAGCAGAUGUCCCAGCCGCCCACGCAGCUGCCACAGACUCAGCCAGCACAAACGUCCACCCCAAUAACACAGACCCCACAGCCGCUGCCACCCCAGCCCAGUGCGAGCACUGCAGGUACAGAGGACUACCCAACCCCUCCCUCUCAACACAGCUACACUUCUGCACUGGACACACCGCCCAAGCAUUACCUUCGUUUACCCAGUGAGCAUCCUUACCUGACACCAUCCCCUGAAUCCCCUGAGGCCUGGUCCAGUCCCUCCCCACAGUGUGUUUCGGAUUGGUCAGAUUCUACCCCCAGUCCAGCAGUCGCUAGUGCUGUCCAAACCCAAAUUUCCCAACUCCCAGAGGCCAAUGGGAAGAUGCAAGUGUUUGCGUAA